GAUAUGUCUGUUACAAAUGAACCGAAAGACGAAAUCGUACAGUUCGUGUUUUUCAAGACUGCCGGUGAUAUUCCGGUAGAUUUGUUUCAGCAAUCUUGGAUUGCAGCAGCUGAAGAGUUUUACGCUCGUGGCGUUAGUAAAGUAAUCUUCUCUGAGAAACUAGCGCUAAAUGGAGAUUUAAGUCCUUAUAGAUUUAUUUCAAAGAAUUUCUGGGCAUCACUGGAGGCAUUCAACUGUUCGUUUCCCAAAGGGUUGCCAUCCCCGAGUAGUAGAGGACAUGUGACUGUCUCACAGGCUGGAAUAUUCAAGCUGGAACAUAUGGUUAAGGCAGAUGGUUCCAAGGUUUUACUUGAUUCCAUCUACAAAGCUGGUUUUAAAGUUAUGACAAUGAUUCCUCUCUGUGACCAGUCUUUGCCGAAAGAAACUGUUUUAGAAUAUGCUGAUUUUCUUGUCAGCUUGAAAGGUUUUGAGACUCUAGGUGUCUAUGGGCUCAACAGAAGUUCUGAUCCACACAAAGAAUGGCUGUAUGAAUGGAUUAUUGAAGCCAUUUUCAAUUCUAUUAACACUACUCCAGAAUCAGUCCUCAAGGAUUUGAUGAACUGUCCAAGGGCAAAUGCAAAAUGGGAGAAAAGCAUUCACGAGAAUUACAUGCAGAUGGUUGCAUCUUGA